CAGAUUUACGGUAAGGUACAGUACAUGUUAGGUUCACCGUCGCCAUGGAUACCAAGGAACUCGAAUGGGUUUGGGAAAUGAGCGCAACGUCUUUGCAGCUUCACAUCUUACUAAGUUUUAUUAUCGUUUGUCGUUUCUCAAACGUGCUGUUUUUAUAAGUUUAGUUACCUUGUUAAAUCUUAGCACAUUUACUGUUAGCAAGUAACGGAGGGUCUGCUGGCAUCUGUGUGUAACAAAGGUUUUAAUAAAGCGACACAUAUCUGCUAGCUAUACACAGCACUAGCUGUUUUGUUUUGGGUUUCCUAAUAAAUUUAUGUCAGUGUAGUUGAUUCAGACGUACAGGACUCUGGUGUAAACUGUAAAAUCCAUGAUUAAACUGAAAAAUAUGAAGGAAACUGCGUUGCUGCAUGAAAAGACAGAAGAACUGAAAGCCUCGCACGAAGCAUUAGAGUUUCUUUCCAGCAUAGGACCUGAAGAUGUAGAUCAGUGCCUGUUUGUGGACUCUAUGGUGACGGUUUCAGACACUGGCAGAGAGCUAGGAGAGUUCUGUGUUAGUGUACAGAAGGCCAGCUAUAAGGAUGAACCUUGUUAUUUGGUACACGCUAACAGCCAUGGAGCAAUUGACAACAUCCCCUGUGGCACUUCUAUUACGGCUUAUGUAUCCAGGAGCCUCGACACUCUAGAAGAGAAUCAUGAUGAAUAUAUGAAGCUGCAGGAACACACACUGGACAAGAAGUUACACAUAGUGAGGCAAGGCGGUCAUCUAGUGGUGAAUGGAGUCAUCACAGAGAAAGACGAAGUGAAGAAGCAAACAUUUCAAUUCCCUCUGCAUUCUCUACAAGGUUUCGUGUCUGAAGCUUCCAACCUCUUGAUCCUGCGCAUUUUGGCUCAACAAAAGAAAGUUCCAGAAAAUUUGACAUUCCUGUCAUUUGAUGCUGACACCCAGAUUGGUGUGUCAUCCUACCGGGAGCUGGAGGUCAAGAAGCAGGUGGUUGGCAAAGAGGUGGUGGAGGUGUUUGGCAUUGAGAGGACGGUCUCCUCGGCAGAAAAAAUCCCUGCAACCUGGCACUGCUACUUCCUGCCAGAUGGACAUUUAGCCAGCAGGGUGCAGGUGGGCUCGUCAGUAACAAUGCACCUCCUACAGCUUCCUCCUGUAGUCAGUAGUCAGGAUGAGAGAGAUCAUAAGUCAGUUUGUGAGAAGAAGCCCCUGGUCUGGGAAGAGGACAUCGAGCUAUACUCGAAGUUUCUUGACAGAAAGGAAGAGCUGAAGGCUGCUCACUCCUCCUAUGUUAGACAGCACCCUGAGCUUAAAGCACUACUGGCUGACUUCCUACAAAUGCUGCUGUUAAGAAAGCCUCAGGAUGUUUUCUCUUUUGUCCAUGACUUCUUCAUUCCUUUCGACUCUCAGCGCCCACCAGACAGCACCUUCAAUGCGUCACAAAAUAUAACAGCUGCACAAGAUGAUAAAUCCUAGCCAAUCAGGCUGGAAUGUUUUGCAGUGAAUAUUUUAAUAAAGCUUUUGCAUUUGUGCCAGA